UUUCAGUUUUUAAUUACUUAAAAUAAUAAAUAUGAUAUCAGAUACUAUACAAUGAAAAUUCCCUUAGGUCAAAAAUUGAAAGCUUAAUGUUCCCGGUCUAUAUAUAUAAAUAAUUUUUUUUUCUUGAAGCCACCUAAACAAGUAGUAAACCAAAAUUAACGGAUCAUCAUUUAAUUUUAUUGACUAGAUUUUGACACGUACUUUUAAAUAUGUGUAAUAUAUAUAUAGUUGAGUUAAUAAUUAUAUUUUAAUACACAAAAAGUAACUCAUAUAAAAAUUAUAUUUUAUCUUAAUAAUUAAAUGGACAAAUCUUAUUAGUAUAAUUAUUUAAAUUAUUUAAAUAAUUAUAAUAAAAUAACAAAAUAGCUUAUAAUAAAUUAUUAUAUGAGUUAAUAAAUAUAGGUAAACAUUUAAUACACAAAUACUCAAACUAAUUUAAAUAAUUAUACUAAAAUAACAAAAUAGCACUAACCUGUUCCCGGUCUAUAUAUAAUUGUAUUUUAAUCAUAAUUUAUAAAUCAUUUAAUUAUUUACAAAUUUACAUUUUCACUAGUGUCAUUGACAUAUUCUUUAUGUAUCACUUAAUAUCAAUAUUAUUCUAAAAGUAAUGCUUAUAUUUUAAUAGUAUAAAUUCAGAACAUUUGUCAAAUUACAUUAAGAUAAAAUUUUAGAAAUAUAUAUAUUUUCGAAUUGAAAACCAUAUUUUGAAGUUUCGAUUAGUUGCUAUAAAUAUGGUAAAAAAGGUUUUAUUAUAAUAUUAUGGAAAAUAUUAACCACUAAAAAUAAUUAAUUAGUAUAUAUGACAAAAUAAUAUGAACUAAAUAUAUGUAAAUAGAUAAAAUGUGUUUCUGUUUUAAUAGUAUAGAAUUAUAGAUUCUUUCAAUUUUUUCAUACUCUUAUUAUUUAUUCCAAAUAUGUUAAAAAACCACUAAAUAAUCUACAAGUUUUUAAUUAUCUUCUAAUUAAAAAUAUCUCUUUUAGUGAUGACUAAUCUUCAUCUACAAAUAUACCAUACUAUUUAAUAUCUAAAAAUGAAAUUUGCUCUUCAUAUAAAUAUUUUCAAAAUGAAUAUAAAAUACCAUUUGCUAUUUCCAAUUAUUUAGAUAUAUUAACAUAAAUUUACAUGAAUACAAUAUUUUUAUUUUUAUUUUUUAAUUUACAAACUAAAAUUAUUUGGUUAUGCUAAUAGUAUAUAUAUAGUUAGUUUUUUUCUUUUUUUGGUGAAUAUUAUGACUUGUAAUUUAAUUAAAAUAUAAAUAUGUUUAAAAUAAUUAAGAGAUGUCAUUUAUCAUUGUUAAUAAGUUAUAUUAGUAGAAAUAUAAAAAAAAUUCAAUUCCAGUAAAAAAAUAAAUAUAUUAUACCAAAAAGUAAUGGUAAAAUAUCAUUUCACCAGUCAAAAAUAAUAAUUUGUGACAAACAAAGGGAUCAAUGUUAAAUAUAUGAGAUUCAUUAUAGGAAAAAAUCAUUUAACAGUUCAAGGCAAGAUAAUUCGCAAUUCAUAUCAAAUCAGCGUAUCAUUAACUAACAUAUCUGUUUUAAUUUGUGUCUAAAAAUAAUGGGAAAUGUCUUUAAUUAAUAUAUGAUACGAUUAACUCGUUCAUUAUUGGGAGAUACAGUCUGAUCAUUUUCGUUGACUCAUUGUUAGGCUCCUUAAUUGAUAGAACAAUACAUGAUUUUAUAUAUAGUUUAUCAUUACGUAGACUGAGAAAAUAGUUUCAGAGUAUCGUUAGAAAGAUUAUCAAUUACCUUGUUAAGUAGAAAUUCACGAAAGUGAAAACACAAAAUGAAAAACAGUUGUCCAAUUCUUGGUCCCCGAUGUGACUUUUGUGAUUGUGCUGGUAGGGCAUGCCAGUCUCACUUCCCAGGAAUGAAGGUGGAGUGGCCAGAGCUAAAAGGAGUGAGCGGAAUCGAAGCAAAGAAAAAGAUAGAAAGUGAUAAUCCACAUGUGACUGCUUUUAUAUAUCCUCAAGAUGUCUAUCUACCAUCCAUCAAUUGUUGUAAUCGUGUUGUCCUCUAUGUUCCGAGCGACAAUUGCCCCAACGGUCCAGUCACCAACAUACCUAUUAUUGGAUAGUCUCAUCCUUUAUGCUUUCUAAAUUUCAACAAUUUUCCUGAAUAAAA